AUGCAGAGAUUGCGAUCUCGGUUACUACUAGCGAGGCCUCUCUUGGAGAGCAGCCGAGGGUUUAGCACGAGCUCCGGCAAGAUCGUAGCUUCGGUGCUUUUUGAGAGAUUGCGCGUUGUGAUACCCAAACCGGAUCCUGCUGUUUACACUUUUCAGGAGUUCAAAUUCAAUUGGCAACAGCAGUUUCGCCGUAGAUACCCAGAUGAGUUCUUGGACAUAGCUAAGAACAGAGCCAAGGGUGAAUACCAAAUGGACUAUGUGCCUGCUCCUAGAAUCACAGAGGCUGACAAGAAUAACGACAGGAAGUCAUUAUAUAGAGCUCUUGACAAAAAAUUGUAUCUUCUCAUAUUCGGCAAGCCGUUUGGAGCUACUAGUGACAAACCUGUCUGGCAUUUCCCUGAAAAGGUCUAUGAUUCUGAGCCAACUCUUCGCAAGUGUGCUGAAUCUGCUCUGAAGUCGGUCUUAGGAGAUUUGACCCACACAUACUUUGUUGGAAAUGCUCCAAUGGCCCACAUGGUGGUACAACCUACAGAAGAAACACCUGAUUUGCUAUCUUACAAGAGGUUCUUCUUCAAAUGCAGUGUAGUAGCAGCAUCGAAAUACAACAUAAGUAACUGCGAGGAUUUUGUGUGGGUAACCAAAGAUGAGCUUUUGGAAUUCUUCCCUGAGAAAGCUGAUUUCUUCAACAAGAUGAUCAUUAGCUGA